CGUGGCCACGGUAACGAGAUGCAGCACUUGUUUUAUUUCACGUUGCUGCUGUCACUCAUUCUGACCUCGUCUCUCAAAACCCUGGACUCAGACCAAGAGCUGCAGGACAGCGGUUUUGGCCAACCACCGCCUCGCAACGGCCUCAAGCUGCUGGUGUGGUACGUUCAGAGAUGCCUGGACAACAACAUGGUGGCUCUGUGUGAUCCCACAAAGGGAGUGUAUGGGUUCCAUAAGUUUGUGAACCGAGGACCCAGCCACCUGCUUCCAGUGAUUAAGCAUAAACAGCAGUAUGGGUACCACACAGUCGGGAACCUCAAUUCUCAUCAUGCUGAUGACCUGCCGUAUGAAGUCAGGAAGUACUACAACCGCAGUGACCCUAAAAGCAACAUGGACAGAGUUCUGGUCCGAUACAACACCAACAACAAGCACAUCGACCAGAUCUACGCCUCUGCACAUUACGACGCAACAGAGACGUACAUAAUUGGGCCCAAGCUGAUCUCUUCUCUUCGACACCCAUCGACCAGCACUAAAGUAGAAAUCUGGUAAUCCAAUAUGAGACCACUUUAAUAGCUCUGGGAUUCUUCACACAUUUCAAACAAUCUUGAAUGAUAUAUGUUGUAUUUGGCUGCUGAUGCUUCUUUGUAGACUUGAAAAAAUACUUUGAUGAGCUUAUU